CGCCUCUCAGUGUGAGAUGGUUCACCGUGAUGCGCGCUAGUUUACGCCCGCCUCUCGCUGUGCUCUGCCAGGAUGUACUCCUAUAACCUCUCCUAUUUGACCUGCAUCCAUUAGUUGCCUGUGGUGUUGCUUAGUGGUGUGGUGACGUGUGAAGACGUGGAAUAGUAGUGAGUGAAGUCAGUGCGGAGGUGGAUAUUGUGGUGGCUGGAGGACGCAUAAUAACAGGAAGACGUGGCCUUUGAGAACAUCCUUAGGUCAUGUCUGGCGGGUCAGGCAGCGUCCCAGGGGUGCCUCCCGCGCCCUCCGUGUUUUCUUCUUUCGUGGGCGCGGGCGUGGGCGGGCCAAUGUAUCCAGGAACCCACGGCACCCACUCCGGCCCACACUACUCCCAACACCCACGCCUACACCCACAGCUAUCCGUGCUACACCAGGUUAACUCCGAGGCGGCGCCUUCCGCCUUCCACCCCGUGGUAUCCCGGGGUGCCCGCCGCCUCCAUGACGUGGCCAGCCCGGAACGUGAGGCGCGCUCGGAAGACCCUGGCGGUUCGCAGCUGCAGGGGGGUCCGGGCCGUAUGGGCGAGAUUCCAGGCCACGUCCUGCCUCUGGGUCACUCAAUGCCUCCCCUGGGCGUGCCCACGUUAGGGAUAAAUAACCCCCUGCUGCCGGGCAUCUUCGACAGGAGGCUGCUCAGAGUGUCUGGUCGGGCGGCGCGGCCCAAGAAACAGUUCAUCUGCAAGUAUUGCUCGCGUCACUUCACCAAGAGCUACAACUUGCUCAUACACGAGAGGACGCACACAGACGAGCGGCCGUUCCCCUGCGACGUGUGCGGCAAAGCCUUCCGUCGCCAGGACCACCUUAGAGACCACAAGUAUAUCCACAGCAAGGAGAAGCCCUUCAAGUGCAGUGAGUGCGGCAAAGGUUUCUGUCAGAGCCGCACGCUGGCGGUACACAAGAUCCUACACAUGGAGGAGUCCCCGCACAAGUGUCCCACCUGCGGGAGGAGCUUCAACCAGCGCAGCAACCUCAAGACUCACCUCCUCACCCACACCGAUCUGAAGCCAUAUAAGUGUGCCUCCUGCAGCGCCGUCUUCAGGAGGAACUGUGACCUGCGGAGGCAUAUGCUCACUCACUCCAUCGGGGGUCACUUGCCAUCCGAUAAAGACGCCGAGGAGAACAAGAACGUAAACCAUCAUGACAACGACGCCAGUGCCUCAGGGUCAUCUGCAGGAGCCACCCUCGCCUGCGACAGGACGGAGGGAGGCGGGGACUUGGAGGACGACGAAGUGGAGGAGGAAGCCGAGGAGGAGGACGAGGACGAGGAAAUAGAUCCCGGUCGACCUGACGAUGCCUACUCCUUCUACGAGUCAGAGAAGGUAGAGGACGAUGAGGAGGUGGAGGAGGAGCUGGAGGAGGAGGAGGAAGAGGUGGCUGGAGGUGUAAGAGGAGAGGAAGCGCCACCCACGCAUCACCAUGUUUCCAGCCUGCACGGCCAGGGGCUGGAGCUGCACCCCCGCGACUCCCAUGCUCACGUCACACACACCCACAACACACUCACCCACAAAACACAGACACAAGUCACUCACACACACACGUCCGACGCCCACACCACCCACGCCCAUUCCUCCCACGAGAUGCUCCCCCACAGCCAGGCGCCUCUUCCCCACACCUCCCACAGCGCCUCCGACAGGGACUCCCGAAUGUUAGGCCCACAUGGAGCCCCGCCCGCUAGACCCGCCUCCCAUCCGCACGCCCACACCCACGUCACUCCGCUGUACAGCCCCGCCCAUGGCUUUUAUCCCCUGGUGGGCGCCGGGGGUUCGGGUCCCGUGGGUCACCAUUACCGCCCACCGCACCAUGACUUGAAGCGGCCCAUAGAGCAGGUAGUGGGCGCCCCGGGGCCUUCCUUAGCCUCCGCACCGCUCAUUUCCAUGCAGGGACCCUUACCCAUGGGCGGAGGAGGCAUGGGCGCCGCUCCUCGCUUCCCGUACCCACCCCACCCUCCGGAACGCCCCAAGAAGAAGGGAUUUAUGAUCGAGGACAUCAUGAACGGAUAAAGCUGACAGCGACACACACACACACACACACACACACACACACACACACAUGUAACCCUUUUCCUCCCACGCUAGAGCCUCAUCAUCUAGCCUCAGAAACGCCCCGUCACGCCCACGCCCAUCCACCACCACCACCACCACCACCACCACCACCACCAAAGUGCUUUUAGACAUCUUGAGGGCCGUUCCUCUCUUCUGUCUCCGUCACAGUGAACUCAGCGCUAAGUGGACCUGAUUAGGCGAGGCGUGAACUGUCUACGAGUCCUGGUCCGCCUUGCUUAGCCUGCCCCCACGCCGCUUCGAACCACCUGCGUCGUCACCACGGAAAGAAGACAGCCGUGGUGACUCCAUUCCGUAAGGUGCCGCUGCGUUGGAGAAAAAUUGAAGUUGCUGAUUUUCCUUUACGUGUCAGAGAUAUGAGAUAAGGAAACGUUACUCAGUUCACUUACAGAAAUUAGAAUGUUGAUUGAUGUAAGUGUCCAGAAGAUUAGUGAAGGAUGCACGCCACAAAAUAUGCAUAAUUUGAUUUCUCUCUCCUAAAGAAAAAGAACAUAAAAGAAAACUGGCGAAGAAAACAAAAAAAUAAUUGUGAUAUUAAAAAAAAAGAAAGGUAAAGAAUAGAAGACUCAAUUUACAGCUCCCUAGUAAAGUCAUAAUUAAAACUCUUGGUCAGUCUAGUUCCAUAGGUGUCUUGAUAAUGUAAGUGUACGAGCGAAGGAUAUUUUACAGUGCUUAGUGUCGAUAAAGAGCGAACACAGCAGGGAAUGUUAGACCACGAUCUCAGUGAUGUAUCAGAGAACCGAUUAAACCUGCGUAUGUUAGAAGGAAAGGAGGGAGAGAUGAAUUAAGAAGGAAGAAUAAGAUAAGCUAAACGGAAAGGAGAGGAGAAAAGAGAGGAGAGAAAAUAUAGAACAAGGAAAAAGCUAAAUUCAA